UCUUCUUCCAGCAGUAGAGCAGAGAGUGGAAAGAUGGCGGCGGCCCAGUCCGACAGAGACCCACAGUCUUCUUUAUGUUCCGAGUUCCUGAACUUCUCCGCCAAAGAUACGGCGACGCGAUGGCUGCCGGCGGCGGACCUGCAGCAGGAGGUGUACCGUCACCUGGCCGUGUAUGUACCCAGAAUCCUUUGCGUGGGGCCUAGCGGGGGCAGCAGCAGGGAGGAGCAGAGGGAGGAGCAGAGGGAGGAUCUGGCCUGUCAGCUGCUCCUGCUGGCUCCUCUGGAAUGGCUUCUGCUAGGGGAGGAGCCGGCCUCAGGCCUCGCCCUCCUGCAGGAGAAAAACCAGCCGUCACCGCUGUGUGGACACGUGUUCAAGGUGGGAGAGCCCACCUAUUCCUGCAGGGAGUGUGCAGCCGACCCCACCUGUGUCCUCUGCAUGCAGUGUUUCCUGGGCAGCGUCCACAGAGAGCAUCGAUACAGGAUGACGACGUCGGGAGGUGGAGGUUUCUGUGACUGUGGAGAUGCGGAAGCCUGGAAGAAAGGACCGUACUGUCUGAAACACACACCUACAGACAGACAGAGAGACACAGAGGAGGACCCUGUCUCACUGCUGCCUGCUGACCUGGUCUCUCGUGGUUUCAGUAUCUUCUCCAUCCUCCUGCAGUACGCUGUGGACAUGCUGACCUGGGACCACGAGGAACAGCUACCUGCAGGACUGGAGCCCCCGGACAGAGCAGACACCUACUACUGCAUGCUGUUUAAUGAUGAAGUCCACACGUAUGAGCAGGUGAUCUACACGCUGCAGAAAGCCGUCAACUGCAGCCAGAAAGAGGCCGUCAGCUUCGCCACCACUGUGGACCGAGACGGCAGGAAGUCUGUGCGGUACGGAGAUUUCCAAUCCUGUGACCAGGCCAAGUCUGUGAUAGUGAGGAACACCAGCCGGCAGUCGAAGCCUCUCAGGGUUCAGGUCAUGCACUCGUCUGUUGUUGCUCAUCAGUGUUUUGCUCUGAGAGCUCUCAGCUGGCUGGGACAGAUCAUUCAGUACUCUGGUAGGUCUGCACUACAUUACCCAGAAUCCCUCACUCUGUGUGUGUUUGUGUGUGAGACAUCAGUGUUUCCCUGUUUCAGACGGUCUGAGGAGGACUCUGUGUCAGGUCGGACUAGGAUGCUGGAGGUGAUUCUGGCCAUCCACCACCACCACGAUGAUGUGACGGCUCGCUGCGUGGUCAUGAUGCGUGAUAUCGCAGCGCGUAAAGAUGAGAACCCGACCCGAAACCCGCCAAAAACUCAGCUCAGACUGUUUCUGACUGACAUGGAGCUGAUCCAGCACAAUAACACUCUGAUAGAGGAGAUGCUUCACCUCAUAAUCAUGGUGGUCGGUGAGCGGUACGUGUCAGGUGGACAGGUGGAACCCUUUGAUGAGGUCAGAAGAGAAAUCAUCCACCAGCUGUCAAUCAGACCGAUGGCUCACAGCGAGCUGGUGAAGGCUCUGCCAGAGAAUGUGAACAAGGAGACUGGUCUGGAGAGAGUGAUCGACAGUGUGGCUUCAUUUAAGAAGCCAGGUGUUACAGGUCGAGGUCUCUAUGAACUCCGUCCUGAGUGGAACAAGCACUUUAACCUGUACUUUCAUCACUACAGCAGAGCCGACCAGUCCAAGGCUGAGGAGGCUCAGAGGAAGCUGAGGAGACAGAACGGAGAGGACACAGGUAACCCACCUCCCUGCCCCCCCCCUCUCCCCCCCCCUCUCUGUCCUUUGUUUGCCAGCUUGGUGAACCUGCUGCAGUGUGACGUGCUCAUGGCUGUCGAGGGCGCCGUGCUGCAGUGGGCCGCGGAGCCCAGCGGGGGGGGCUGGACCGAGUCCAUGCUGCAGAGGGUGCUCCACCUGGUGGGCAUGGCUCUCCUGGAGGAGCAGCAUCAGCUGGAGAACAGCAGUGGAGACGAGGACAUCACCUUUAACUACACUUGCAAGAUCACGCGUCCAGGUGAAGCUCCCAGUACUUCAGGAAGUGUCCUGGCUCUGUUGGAGAGUCUGCAGAAUGCUCCUCACCUGGAGGUCCACAAAGACAUGAUCACCUGGAUCCUCAAGAUGGUUGCCAACGUCAAAACGAUGAGAGAACGAACAUCCUCCACCUCCACCGUCACCAUCAGCCCGGGACAAGGACUGGAGGAGACGGUGCGAGACAAAGACAAGGCGGAGAGGAAGAGGAAGGCAGAGAUGGCUCGUCUCAGGAGGGAGAAGAUCAUGGCUCAGAUGUCUGAGAUGCAGAAACAUUUCAUCAACGAGAACAAGGAACUUUUCCAGCAAAGCCUGGAGGAGCUGGAGGCGUCGACAUCUGCUGCUGCAGAGAACAGUCCUCCCAGUUCGGACUCCACCUGUGUCUCUCAGGUGUGCAUUGGUCCCAGGAGGUUGGGCGGAGCGGAGCGCCGUCAGCUAGUGACCUGCAUCCUGUGUCAAGAGGAGCAGGAGGUCAGAGGUCACGGCAGAGCCAUGGUGCUAGCAGCGUUCGUUCAGAGAUCCACGGUUUUGUCUAAAAACCGCAGACGCAACCUACCUGACCCAGUGCGUUACGACCCUUUGUUCAUGCACCCUGACCUUUCUCUGGGGAUUCACACGGCCAGCUGUGGACACAUCAUGCACGCCACCUGCUGGCAGAGGUACUUCGAGGCGGUUCAGUUGAAAGAGCAGAGACGUCAGCAGCGACUGCGAGGUCACACCAGCUACGACGUGGAGAACGGAGAGUUCCUGUGUCCGCUGUGUGAAUGUCUGAGCAACACUGUCAUCCCUCUGCUGCCACACACACACUCGCCUGAUCUCAGUGUUGACCAUCCCUGUCUGGAGACGUGGCUUAAAACGACCAAUCAGCAGAUAGCAGUGCUGCAUUUCGCCCACAGGAAGCAGUCUGACGGUGUAGCAGAGAGGGAGGAGCCUGCUGUGCCUGAAGGCUUCAGAGUGGACUUCACUCCACAGAAGCCCUUCUCCAGCAGCAUCAGUGAGAUGAUCACCACCUUCAGCAUGUCCACCUACAAAGUGGGACUGAAGCUGAACCCCAACGAACAGGACGAGAGGGUCCCGGUGCUCAGCUGGGCCACCUGCGCCUACACCAUCCAGAGUAUAGAGCGCCUCUUGAUGGAUGAGGAGAAGCCUUUGUUUGGAAGUUUACCUUGCCGACAGGACGACUGUCUGAGCUCUCUCACCAGGUUCAGUUCCUCCUGUUGGACUGCAGCUCCACCAACAGCAGCUCACACACACUUCAUCAGGCUGCUCGCAGCCCUGGUUCCAGACUCUCAGGUAGAAAACUCUCUCUGUAUCCUCGACGUCGACAUGUUUCACCUGCUGGUGUACAGUGUGUUGUCGUACAGCUCGGUUCACAGUCUGGACCAAUCAGGACGCAGAGUGGUCGACUCAGCUCACCUCCACCUGCUUCACCUGAUCACUGUUGCUCACCUGGUUCAGAUCCUGCUCACCUCCACCACAGAGGAGGUGUGUAUGGAUCAGGACAGUGAGGGAUCAGAGGAGGAGGAGCUCACCUGUCAGCUCUACAACACGCUGAGGAAACACCUGGGCAGUGUGUUACCUGAGGUGACCUCGGGGUGGCAGUUGUCUCGUUGUGUUAAAGCCGGCGUCCUGCCGUUCCUCCGAGCCGCCGCACUCUUCUUCCACUACCUGAACUCUACAGCGCCGCCUGCUGACCUGCUGGUUGCAGGUCCCGGCCAGUGGGAGGCGCUCUGCAGCUUCCUCAGUCUGCCCUGCAACCUGCUGCAGCUGCACCACAGUCAACACACACUGAUGGAGUCACUCAUAGACAGGUGGUGUUUACAUCCAGGUGUGAGGCAGGUGCUGCAGGGCGGGGGGGUUAUUGUCAGGUUCCCCAGAGAGUCGAACCAACUGAUCGAGCUGCCAGAAGAUUACAGUGAGCUGAUAAACCAGGCGUCCAGCUUCACGUGUCCCCGGUCCGGCGGGGAUAAGUCCCGCGCUCCCACGCUGUGUCUGCUGUGCGGCUUCAUGCUCUGCUCUCAGAGUUACUGCUGUCAGACGGAGGUAGACGGAGAGGACGUCGGUGCCUGCACCGCUCACACCUUCACCUGCGGAGCCGGCCUCGGCCUCUUCCUCAGGGUCAGAGAGAGUCAGGUGUUGUUUGUAGCAGGUAAAACUAAGGGCUGUUUCUAUCCUCCUCCGUACCUCGACGACUACGGCGAGACAGACCAAGGCCUGAAGCGGGGGAACCCCCUCCACCUGUGUGCCGAGCGCUACAGGAAGAUCGAGCGUCUGUGGCGUCAGCACGGCGUCGCUGAGGUCAUCGGUCACGCUCAGGAGGCCAAUCAGACGCUGGUUGCCAUCGACUGGCAGCACCUGUGAUUGGCUCUCUGUGUUGGCCCCACCCCUUUUUAAUAACUCAUCCUUCCUCUGAACCAAUCAGCUUCCUGCAGCCCAGCACUGAGCUCCAAUCAGCUUUCAGGGAUUUUUCAGGACUUUUUGGUUUGUUGGAGGCUCCUGACCUUUGACCUCGGACCUUCUCCAUGUUUCACUCCACCAAUCAGAGAGGCAAUAAAACUGGCUCUGCCCUCUCUGCUCACAGACAGGAAGUUACAGAAGUUUCUUUCAUAUCUUUUUUCAUCAAUAUUUUCUUUAUAUUUCUGACUUUAAAAAUCAUCAGUAAACAACUCGUUAACUCGUUGACCCGUUGACUCGUUGAUCCGUUGACUCGUUAACUCGUUAACUUGUUGACUUGACUCGUUAACUUGUUGACUCGACUCGUUAACUUGUUGACUCGUUAACUUGUUGACUCAUUGACAGUGAGCCAAUGUGAAGCCCCGCCCCCUGCUGUCACUCACAGCUUGACUGACAGGUCACUAAUCCUGCACCUAAUAGUUGAAGUUUCAUUUGUCUCUUUAUUCUGUUUCAACAAGAAGCUUCGGAUGAUGGGAAGAAGUGGCCCAGUUUCCUGAUUGUCCAGAGAUGAACAUCUGAAAAUAUCUUCUUUAAUAAAAAGUCACAAGAAGCUGUGGACAUAAAAACUGAGGGAGAGAAGACAACUACAACUCCCAGGGUGCAUUUCACUACCAAACAGCCAAUCAUAGAGCUCUAUACGCUCACGCCACUUUGUAGAAACCUGAUAGAGAAACAUCCAGCAGCUGUUUGUCAGUUCACUUUCUCCAUGGCAACAGUAGCUAAGGCUUAUGGGUAAUGUAGUUUUUAGACAGAAACAUGAACCGGUCUAGUUAAAAAAGCACAGAGUGAACAUCAAGUCUUUUAUUGUGAAAUCUACUUCCUGCAGCAGCUUUGGUUCAGUUGAAUAUCUGAAGCAUCAUAAACAGGAAUAUUAAUAUUAAUAAAUCAUCUUCUUUGUGUCUUAUUACAACAUAUCAGCUGAUUUCAGAUGUUUGUUCUAUCUUUUUAUUUAAAGAGGCUUCGUGUGUUAGUUUGGAGAGCUGUGAAGUCACUUCCUGUUAAAAUUAGUUUGUGCUGAACUCAGAAAUCUCCUAUUUAUUUAUUUAUUAGUUUGUUAUAAAAAUUUGAUUUUCUUUAAACGUGUUCGCAGCCUCAUUUAUCACUUCGCACUUGUUAAUAUGUGAAUUCUUGUAUAAACGAGGAAAUGUACAAUAUUGUAUAAGAAUAACAAAACCAAUAAAAAGUUUAAAAGGA